AAGAUGGCGCUGCACGCGUUGCUGGGGAAACGGUGUUGAGGGAUUUUUCACUUUCUGUCUUUCGAUGAGGUUCGAUCGCGGUUCUUUUCUGUUCAUAAUCAUCUGCAAUGUUUCACCUGUGUCUGAGGAACGGCGUGAAGACUCAGAGGUUGUUCCCCAUCCGUUCCAUUAAUACACAUCCGAGAACGGGCGUCAGGACCGGCGUCAGCAGGAUCUGCCUGAGCUGGGAUCAGUCAUGUUGGAGAUACCCUCUAGCUACAAAGGUUUCAGAAUGUACUUCCAUCUUCCAGCUGUUGUACAAGUCAGGAAAAAGCAUCAGACAGUGUGUGUAUGGCUGGCUACGUGGCCCAGUGAGGAGUCGUCAUACCUUCCUGUUGGCAACCUCUCCUGGGCUAAUAACUCUAGGACUGCGAUUCCAUAACAAAAUCGCACAGAGUGAAGAAGAACAGAGGUGUAAAGGUCUUAAAUCCCAGCAACCUGUUCCUGAAUUUAACUGGAAGGAGUUUUGGAAGUUUCUUCGCCCUGAAUUUGCCACUCUGAUCUGGGCAAUACUUUUUGCCUUUGGUGCAGCUCUGCUUAAUACUCAGAUCCCACUGUUGCUGGGAGAGCUGAUGAAUGGCCUUGUCCAGUGCCUGCAGACAAACCCAGCCUGUUUCUUCAGGGCCAUGAAGGUGCCAGGUAUAAAAUUAAUGAUUACCUACACUCUGCAGGGAAUCCUGACUUGCUGUUACAUCACUCUCCUGUCCAGAAUUGGGGAGCGAGUUGCUGCCAGCUUGAGGAAGGAAUUGUUUUCAACUCUGCUCAGGCAGGACAUGGCAUUCUUUGACGCCACUCGAACAGGCCAGAUGGUGAGCCGCUUAACUAAUGACAUUCAGGAGUUUAAAUCCUCCUUCAAACUGGUGAUAUCUCAGGGUUUGAAAAGUCUUACUCAGACGAUUGGCUGCUUGGUUUCUCUCUACUUCGUGUCCCCAAGGCUAACAAGCCUGAUGUGUUUAGUGAUGCCACUCCUCGUUGGAACUGGAGCGUAUAUAGGCUCGUACCUUCGGAAAUUUUCCCAAAAGACACAAGAACAGAUUGCCAAGGCAACAUGUCUUGCAGAGGAGGCACUGGGAAAUGUACGGACAGUGAAGGCAUUUGCAAUGGAAGACCUGGAAAUUAAUUUUUUCUCUCGAGAGGUGGAUGAAGCCUGCAGCAUGAGUCAGAUCCUGGGGUUCGGAAUUGGUAUCUUCCAGGGAUUGUCCAACUUUUCAUUAAACUGUAUAGUUCUGGGUACCAUCUGUGUUAGUGGAAUGAUGCUGGCGAAGGAGCGGCUGCGGGCUGGAGAUUUGAUGUCCUUCCUCGUGGCCACACAGACUGUGCAGAGGUCUUUGGCAAAUAUCUCCAUCACAUUCGGACAGGUCAUUCGUGGGAUCAGCUCUGGAAGCCGUGUGUUUGAGUUCCUUAUAUUGCAAUCGAACAUCCUUGUUAAAGGGGGAUUCCAGAUUCCAUCACAUGCCCUGUUUGGACAGGUGCAAUUCGACAAUAUUGACUUCAGCUACCCCACCAGACCUGGUCACAGGGUGCUGCGCAACUUCAAUCUUACCCUGCCAGCCUCUAAAAUGGUGGCUAUUGUUGGACAAUCUGGGGCAGGCAAGUCGACAAUAGCAUCUCUGUUGGAGAGGUUCUAUGACCCAGACAAUGGGAUUAUCACCUUAGACGGAUAUGACAUCAGAACAUUGGAUCCACAAUGGCUGCGUAGUCACGUGAUUGGAUAUAUCAGCCAGGAACCUGUGCUUUUUGGCACCACCAUCAAGGAAAAUAUUCGAUUUGGAAAGCCAGAUGCCUCAGAUGAGGAGGUUUAUGAGGCAGCCCGGCAGGCAAAUGCAGAUGGCUUCAUCCAGAGCUUCCCAGAUGGAUACAUGACCGUAGUGGGUGAACGAGGAAUGUCUCUGUCAGGGGGCCAGAGACAGCGGAUUGCCAUUGCUCGUGCUCUGAUUAAAAAUCCCUCUAUCCUGGUACUGGAUGAGGCCACAAGUGCUCUGGAUGCAGAAUCUGAGAGAAUGGUACAGGAUGCACUGGAUCAUAUACAAAAAGGCCGUACCGUGCUGGUCAUUGCACAUAGGCUGAGUUCAAUCAAGGCAGCCGACAUCAUCUGUGUUCUUGCUAAUGGCCACAUGAAGGAGGUGGGGACACAUGCUGAGCUGUUAAAAAGAGGAGGACUGUAUGCAGAGCUAGUCCGCAGACAAACCAGUGAGGAGACCACCAUGUGAAGGAAAGGGAGUGACAGAGAAUGAGCCAAGUGGAUUGCAGGCAUUUUGCACCUUUGAACAACUUCACGUAAACCUACUGUAAUUCCUCCCCAUCCCAGUAAGAGCCAAGUAUUAGGCACUGAGAUUUCAUUACCUGUGGGCUGGGUGGGUGGAACAGGGAUUCCCUCACACUGUCGACUGGAACUGUGCAAGGCGUGCAAUUCUGGAUUCUGUAUCUGCUCAAUCAGGGCUCCUCCUGCAGAGAGCUUAGUGUACUGUAACACAUUGUGGUGCAUAGUGCUGAUGGGUUAGGUCUGUCUCUGUAAGACACUGGCAUACAGUACUAGUAGGGCCAGCUCUGUCACUGUGUAACACUGGGGUAUACAGUACUGGUGGGAACAGGAAUGUCACUGUACAACACUGGGUGUAUAGCAGUGAUGGAGACAGAUCUAUCUGUUUAUCAUACUGGAUUACAGGACUGGUGGGGACAUGUCUGUCUCUGUGACACUGCGAUACAGUUUUGGUGGGGACACUGUGUAUAACCCUCAGAUCAAGGGCCUGCGGGUCUGGUCAUAAUCUUCCACUGAUGAUUAUUUCUCUGCAUUCUGAAACUUAUGUGAGCCUGUUAUUUGGACAACUACUUUUGUAAAUUAUACCGUCAUCCAUUGA